CCCGCGCCAGGGAGAGGCGAGGGGACCGGCGGGCAGCGCCGCACAGGCCGGGAAAUGCGCGCUUGCAAGUCUUCCUGGGAGCGGACCCAUGAUCCAGGGACCAAAAGAACCGCGUGAUUGUUGGACCUGGCCCUGCGACCCCAAACAUGGGCCAGACCUCGGUGUCCACGCUGUCCCCACAGCCCAGCAGCGUUGACGGACUGGACAAAGCUUCUCUAGCAAACUCAGAUGGCCCCACAGCAGGUUCCCAAACACCUCCCUUCAAGAGAAAGGGAAAACUAUCCACCAUUGGUAAAAUCUUUAAGCCUUGGAAAUGGAGGAAAAAGAAGACGAGUGACAAAUUUCGAGAAACCUCAGCAGUGUUAGAAAGGAAGAUAUCCACAAGACAAAGUAGAGAGGAGCUGAUAAGAAGGGGAGUUCUUAAGGAAUUGCCUGAUCAAGAUGGAGACGUAACAGUUAACUUUGAAAAUUCAAACGGGCACAUGAUACCCAUCGGAGAGGAAUCCACUCGAGAGGAAAAUGUAGUAAAACCUGAAGAAGGUAAUGGCUCUGUGUCUGAAAAAACACCACCUCUGGAAGAAAAAGCAGAAGAUAAGAAAGCUGGUUCCUCUCAUUCCAAAAAAACAAGUGGCCCCAAAGCAUCCACUUCACCAUCUACUUCAUCCACCUCAUCUCGUCCCAAAGCUUCCAAGGAGAUAGUUUCUAGCAAAACAGGGACAGUGGGAACCACAAAGGGCAAGAAAAAAACUGGCAAGCAGCCAGCCUCUCGACCAUCCUCAGACACAGCCACACCUGGGACAUCUGAUCUUAAAGGGGAUUCUUCAGAGACCAGAGCCGAGAGCCUCACACCCGAGCAGACUGUCCCUGGGACCGAGGAGCAGACCACAGGCAAAUCCAAGUCCAUGGUCCCUCCGCCCCCCGUGGCUCCACCACCUUCUCCCCCUGCUCCUUCUCUUCCUCCUGAGGAUCAGUGCGUUACUCCCUCAGACACUCCCGUCGUCCUGGUCAGCAAUGGGGCUGACCUGCCUGCCUCUGCCUUAGACCCAAGUCAGCUUCCCUGGACUGAAGAGCCAGCCAACAAAGCCAUUCUCCACUCAGGCACUGGCUUAAGUGUCAACAAAGAAAAUGCAAAAUGUUUCACAACCAAAGAUGAGCUGGGGAAGGCAGCACCUCAGCUCCUGAUUCCUGGGUUGAUGGAACAAUCUUCAGAAUCCUUCAGUGCCCUGGAGGAUGAAGGUCAGAGGGAGUACCAGGCCAAUGACUCUGAUUCUGAUGGGCCUAUUUUGUACACCGAUGACGACGAGGAAGAGGAUGAGGACGAGGAUGGCAGUGGAGAAAGUGCUUUGGCAAGUAAAAUACGACGAAGGGAUACUCUUGCUAUCAAACUUGGCAACAGACCAUCUAAGAAAGAAUUAGAGGACAAAAACAUCUUGCAGCGUACAUCUGAAGAAGAAAGGCAGGAAAUCCGACAACAAAUUGGAACCAAGCUAGUCAGGAGACUUAGCCAGAGGCCAACAACGGAAGAACUAGAGCAAAGAAAUAUCCUAAAACAAAAAAACGAAGAAGAAGAACAGGAAGCAAAAAUGGAACUUAAACGCAGACUCAGCAGAAAGCUCAGCCUGAGACCCACGGUGGCAGAGCUACAAGCACGAAGGAUCCUGCGGUUUAACGAGUAUGUAGAAGUCACUGAUUCCCCGGACUAUGACCGGCGGGCAGACAAACCCUGGGCCAGGUUAACACCUGCAGACAAGGCAGCAAUAAGGAAAGAACUAAAUGAAUUUAAAAGCACAGAAAUGGAAGUUCACGAAGAGAGUCGACAGUUUACAAGGUUUCAUCGUCCAUAAUGAAACGCAAGACUAUUUGGAAACAUAGAUUGAUAAUCUUCGCGGGCAGCACCGCUUCCUGAAAACCUGAUAUUGCACUGGGAUUUGAACGUGUAUGUUUCAGUUUAACUUGUGGUAACGGAGGAGUGUGACUCAGCUUUGUUGGAAAGUGCUCCUCACCUCUUCAGCCCAGAUGGGGCCAACAAGCAAAGGGAAGGAGGCAGUAACCCUUGCUGUUCAGCACAUGUGUUGAUGGUAAGGGACACCAUGGUUACACCAGGCAUUCCUCAUCAGGAGUUUUAAUCAAAGAAGAUGAGCAGAAGACAAUCGCUGGCUCCCUGUUACCAGAAAGCCAAACUUUAGAGUGCGGGUUAAAAAAAAAUGGCGUGGAAUCACUGGGCACUGGUGAGGGAUGGGAGUUGAAAAUCAGAAAAAGAGGGAAGUAUUUCAUUAUGUUAAUGAAGGAAAGAGAAAAUUUGAAGCAUAGUAUAUUUUUGAAGUAGGCAUUUGGUAGCUGAGAACUUAUUGUUAAGAAAUUUGGGAAUCUAAUCACCCAACAUGCAUUUUUGAAAGACCUGAUCCAAGAGGACUCUCCUUGUUUCACCAUUAUUUUGGUACAAUAUCGUACCAUUAAUUUAUGUUGUGCCAGUGAACCCAACUGCCAGAAAUAUGUCUGAGUGUUUUCAUGCAUCUUUUUCUUAAAUGCAAGAGGCUUCUACUGAGUCUUAACAAGCAUGCUUACCCAAAUUUUGUUGCAUGCUUUGAGUAGCAUAGCUACACACAUUUUUUAAUACUCUUUACCUAGUGUAUCAACCUUCCACAAGAAUAACAGGACUGGGGAUAAAGUCAGAUAUAACGUGACCCUAUAAAACUGUAGCAAGCUUUAGAAAUAAAUCUUUUGGUCUUAAUGAUUUUCUUGAUUAGCUCCAAAGCGGAAACAAGCAUACUUGAUCUAAGGAAGAUGAUAUCGACAAUCAUGCCACCUUUUAAAAAUCUGAAUCCAAAGUUAAAACCUAAGCAAGAUAUGAGUGUGCUGCCUGCAGUUAGUUCUGAAGGAGAACACAAAGGACUCCUUUUUUCCCCCCAGGGCUUCAUUAAGUUGGAUUGCUGCUAUUAAAAAAAUAAUAAAGCACAUCGAUCAAAAAACACUCACCUAAAGGCUUAAAAGGAAUCUGAAAAUGUCUGCUAAGUUGUGUGUAAGGAAAAACCUUAUCCUGCUAUUUUAGGAGUCCACAGAUUGCCGCCAUAAAUACAGUAUUUACUUGCAAAGCAGAAGAAUCAGCGAGGUUAGAGUCACGGAAGGUUUCCCUUUGAACCUGCAUCCGGUAUUGUUUACAUAAGAAACCUCUAUCGUCUGUUGCUAUUUUCCAUGGAGUAACAGGCACAGUCUGACUUCUGCUCCCUGAUAUAUACGAUCAUAUAUAAAGACCCAAUCCUUUAUUCAUUUUAAUACAUGUAAAUACUAUCUUGCAUUUAAUUUUUCUUUCAUGCUUGUUUUGUGCCCCUUGUUAAAAAUACAUGAAAUGUAUAAUAACAAGAAAAGGUCUAAAUAGAGUUUAUUUUAUUCUUAAAGCUUGGGCUAGAAUUUUCUAAACGGCUUCUGGUUCAUUAUAUGGAAGGUUGUCAUUUUCAAUUUCAGCCCAAAAGCAAGCAUUCAAUCUGUUGGAUAAAUUUAAAUGCCACCAUUCAUUGGUAUUUGAAGAACCACUUGAAACUGGAUGACUUUUGUUUUUAAAAAUAUAUAUAUAUAUUGCACCAGUUGGCCUAUUAUGAAAAGGCAGGACCAUUUAUAACUAAGAAAAGUAACCAGCAUUCUUGCAGCUUUUGCUGCACUCAGUUAUGUGUGUUAAUAAAAUAAACCUGGAUUCUGCACUGUUGUCAUUUCAUUAAUAAUUUGACAUAUUUUUGUUAUGAAAAAAAUUUUCUGAAUGCCCAAAUAUUUGUCGCUGGCUGAGGUUUUGUCCAUUUAAUAGUGUUUAAAUCCAGCCAUAGAAAUUAACUUUGUUCUAAUUUUUUUGCCACCGUCAUUCUUUUCCUAAUGAUAUGAUUUUAUAUCAUUUUAGUGUCUUGGGAAAAAUACCAAGAAAAUAUAAUGUUUCUUUUAAUUUUUUAUACUUAUAAUCUUCAACAUUGUUUUAAUUUCUAAUCACAAGGCCUUUACAUAAAUGAUAAAUAGAAGAUAUUAUCACCAUCCUAUCAUUUAAGACACACGUCAUAGAAAGCCUCGACUUGGUUGAUAAAAGGAACAGUUUUUUCCCACUUUAUAGUCAAUUUGGGAAAUUUUUAUUUCUUAAAAUGAGAUGUACCCAGUACAGAAAUGACACUCUGGAAUCUCAAGAUAUUGUUUCCAUUGUAAUUUAACUACCCACAUUUUCUUCUCAUGCUGAUUGACAAGUUUAUAAAGAAGUUUAAAAGUCUAAAAAAUUAACCACCACUAGCCCUGGUGGCAUAAUGGUUUAGUGCUCGGCUACUAACCGAAAGGUCAGCAGUUUGGACCCACCGAUUGGUUACACAGGAGAGAAGACCUGAGUGAUCUGCUCCUGUAAUACAGCCUUGGAAACCCAAUGGGGCAGCUCAUCUCCUGUCACAGAGGGUCACUAUGAGUCAGAAUCAACUCUGCAGCAAACAACCAACAGUCUCAUAUUUACGUAAUUGAACCACAAAUUAUUAAGAUGAUUCUUCAAAUAAAAAACUGGAAGAAUGAAAGGGUUAUAAGCUAAGCCGUAUUUUGCAGAACAAGGCACUCUUUGAAUUGUAACUUUUAAAAGACAGAAACACUGCACAUCCCCACCAGCAGUCCAUCCCUAGGGCUCCUGCCUGGCCGCCCUAGGGGGAGCAAAGACCUCGGCCUCCCUUCGUGUCAUUGUGCCCCUGCCUAGUGCCAGCAUUUCUGCAGCCCGGCCAAUAAGCCGUCGUCCUAUAAAGGACAUAAAAGUGUGUGGGGAUUGGAUUUCUUUUGUUGUGGUGGUGGUUGUAACACAACUCUAGGUUUUUCCCUAUUUAAGGUGUCACAUGAGGCUGACACUGAGGAAGCAAGUGGGUUUUCUGAGUCCCCGGGAUAGGAGGAGGGAAGUAAAGUCAUCCCCAGGAAGAUCCAGGCAGGAAGGUACUAGAUAGACUCUAAAAAAACAAAGUGGCCAUUCCAUUUCCAUCCCUUUUUUUUUUUUUUUUUUUAAAUAAGAUUGAGAAAAAGAGCCUUAAUAUCAAGGUAGUAAGAAGAGGCUAAAUGGGCUGGAUCAGGUCUUCCUUGCCUGACAAAAUUAGAUUGCUGGUGGUCAGCAUUCAUUUAAAGCAGCCCUGCUUUGUAAUCUUCUGUGUAUGUGAACUGUCUUACAUUUUGGUAUGUUAGAUGUAGUUUAUCUUCACAUUAAUUCCUGAAAUUGUUUAAAUCUAUAUUAUUCAGAGAACCAUUUUGGCUAUUUUAACAACUUUUAAAUGAAGGAAAAAAGCAAACUGAUCAAAUUCUCUGAUUUGCCCAAAAAAACUUUCUGGUUUCAUUUUCAUAUCCUUUGUCAGCAUAGUGAUUGUAGAUCACUUAAUGUCUCUCUAAUGUCAGUAAGUCUAUCCUCCAAUUAUAUCCUAUUAGUGGAAAAAUUCUGAAAUUUAAUUGAAACAUUUUAAGAAGUAGAGGGAUUAAAUACAGCCCACAAAAUUCACCAAAUAUUGAAAAUGAGAGAUAACUCCCUAAAAACUUCUAAGUCAGGUUUCACACCCUGCAAUUCAGUGCUACAUUGGCCUAAAAAAAAUAAAAGUACAGUACCUUACACUUAAAAGCAAAAAAAAUUUCAUUAACACUGCAUUUCCUCAUAUGUACCAUAUUAAGACACAACAAAAAACCAAACCAAACCCACUGCCGUUGAGUCAAUUCCGACUCAUAGCAACCCUGUAGGACAGAAUAGAACUGCCCCAUAGAGUUUCCAAGGAGCACCUGGCGGAUUUCAACUGCCGACCUUUUGGUUAGCAGCUGUACCACUUAACCACUAUGCCACCAGGGUUUCCUGAGACACAAUAGGCAUUUUAUUUAUAUUUAAUGAAGUCAGACAGACACAACUUUCAAAAACCAGAGUUUUAACAUAGUGUAUUCACAAUAGAAAAAGACAGUCUUGCCUAACACAUAGCAGUAUGUCCACAUUUAAAUGGAAAGCUGUCAUCCAUCCCUUCCUGGCUGAAAAUUUUCUUCAGUCUAUUAUUUGUUAAGUCGUCCCAGCAGCAAAUUUCACACAAAGUAAGGAGAAAUCUUCCUCAGAGUAGGUGAGAUGGAAUCAAACCAGUACAAGAUAAGUAAAUCUGUAUGAUUUUCAUCAGGAUGGUAGAAUUGCUUAGUCAUUCCUGAAUUCCAAUUACACCGUCCAGCCUAAUCUUACUAAUAAAUGUAUUUACUUUGAGACAGGAACUAACUUCAUCACAUCAUCAGAGUAUGUCGUGAGCACUAAGGAACCACUUAACCCACUACCACUAAAUUCGGCUUAUUUACAAAGUUGUCCCUUGGCAACUUGAAACGGCUCAUCUUCCACUAUUAUUUACUCUCACUGGUGGUAUAUAUCAUUUUACUUAACAAAAGUAAUUGUCAAAUUAAAAGAAACAUCUUUCUGAGAGAAAACCCUUCCCCAGGUGGUUUAAAUCCAAGUUUCAAAGGGGAACAUCAGGCAGGCAGUGACCAAAAGGGAGUGGGGACAAAGGCUGAAUAGCCCCCAAACCAUUCUCGCUUUCACUUUCCCUUUCCUUUUUGUCGUCGUUAGCCUUGAGCUUUGCAUGGAAAUACAACCCACUGUUAGCACUUUUAGAAAGCAGCUGAAAUAGUCUAGCUACGCUUCUUUUGAAGACAGGGUUAUCCCAAAUUAAGAAAUCCCGUUGUACAAAUUGCAAGGUUUCUGGUAAAAAAAGAGAGAAUCCUGUGGCAGCUAUUCCCACCUAAAGCCAAUCCUAUAAGAUCCUUUUUAGCUAAUGCUAGUAUUUACUGCACACAGAAAAUGUCAUUGAGCUUGUCACCUUGCUAGCCCAGCUGCACACAGGAGCUAAGCAAGCACUGUUGAUCAGUGUUUCUCAGUGGGAGGUGCUGUUGACAUUUGGAGCUGGGCAAUUCUUUGUUGUACAGAAUUGUCCCACGCAUUGUGAGAUGUCUAAUAUCCCAGGCCCCUGCCGACUAAAUGCCAGUAGCAUCCCUAGUUGUUGUAAAAAAAAAAAAAAUUUUUUUUAAGCCUUCCUCCAUGUUCCAAUGCCUUCCUAGGAGGGCAGAAUCACCUGGCUUGAAUAUCUCUUGCAGUUUGAAGACACACAGGAAGCACUGCCUUUCCCAAAACGUCAUCUCAGCUGCUUUGCAUGUCUUUGGGCCCUGAAGAGUUGUUUUUUUAAUCCUCUUCCAUUUUUCCAACCUUCUGCUUCAGUGCAGCUUUAGUUUGGGAGUUCUUCAGGAAGAGUUAGUGAGCAGCCUUGGCUGUUCCACUGGACGCAGUGACUUGGCCUAGAACCCAUGCGUACUUAAAGGAGAGGGUUGAUGUAAUGCAAACUUUUUUUUUGGCCUCACAAUUUUACUUGAGAAGGACAUUAUUAGUCAUAAUCCUUGUCAGUGUCAUCAGGAUUGUUUCGUGGCUUAACCAUAGAUACAAGAGCUAACAAACCAAAACCAAAUAAACAAAACUGCUAGUCUAUGAAAAUCAUCAUUAGAUUUCACCUGCUCACUCGGCAUCCCGUGUUUCCAGAACAAUCACCUGUUUGUCCUAUGGAAAAAGCAUUUGAUCCACAUGCAAAUGCUUGAAUCCCCCUUGUAUAAGUACAGCCGUGUGGUUCAACUUUUCUAAUAAGAUUUGUGAAUGUUGUACUAUGAAGGGAAUGUGGCUCACCUGUGGAUUCCAUGCACAGUGGUCACACCUCAGCGAUGUCCCACACAAAACAAAGUGAGUUUUACCUAGGGUGGAACAUUACAAAAUUAUACUAACAAUACAUAAACCUCCUUAUUCUCUUUGUCACUUUUUGUUGCCAAAACUGAAUUGUGAAUAUGUCUUGAAAUUACUUGGAUGAGUGGUGGAAUGAAUGUAGCCACUAUAAUUUUUAAAAUAUUAAAAUUUCUAAAUACCUUUUUUUGAUGCAGAACAACUCAAAGUUGACAAAGAUGGUUAUACUGAGGACUUUUAGAAGGUGCUUAAGAAUUCUUGUCUUUUUAAGUAGCAGUUUUAUUUUUUUAAAUCAAAGGGAGUAAAUGAGGCAGAGUGCCACUCCAUCCUCAGGUAAAUUUUAUGGUGUGUUAAAAUGCCAGUCGUAUUUGUGCCACUUGCCAGUUUGGGGGGCUUCUUAUUGGAUGCUUUUGUUAUAGUUUGACUAUAUCAUUACAUUCCUUUAGAGAUCCUCCACAGGAGAAGUUACCACUGCAGUGCUAACUAGCACUGGAAGAACAAAUCAGAAUGAAUCUAGAGUCAAACCACUUUCAUUGCCUAAAAUACAGGCACUAAUUUUCAUUUUUCUUUUUUUUAUCAUUUCUUUUGUGGCUUAGAAAUGUUCCAGUGUGUUCCAAACAUUCUGUACCAAUUUCAGCAGAUCUAGCACCUACUUAGAACUCAAACUAGUCAAUUUUUUUUUUGAUGUAACAGUAAUUUUUAAAGAACUGUAUGCAUCCUUUGGUUAUUUCAGUAGUGUUGGCUAAGGUGAUAAGACUGGUUAGCUGUGAUUGUUUUCAGACUGACAGAAUGAUUCCUGGUUUCCAGUGAGUGACCUAAUCCAACAUAUUACAGAGGCAUAAUACCUGUGGGUGUAAAUAACUGGAACUGUAUACUGAUUAACAUGACAGUUGCUCUUUUUUCAUUGUUAUCUGUACUGUAUUAUAGUAUGUGGGUAUAAAUAUGUACAAGAAUACACACAUAGGUAUAUGUAUUCCACAAUUGUAACCUGAAAGAAAGACUAUGUGUUAUCUUUUUUUUAUUCCAUACUGGUGUCUGUGUUAUUUAAAAGCAAAAUUAUGCUCUAUCUAGUUGUACAAUAUGAUAGGAUACUUUGCUGUGCACAAUUCUAAGUGCCUUAGAACAUCGUUUAGCUUUCCUGAGUAUAUAUAAAAUGCAUAUAUGUAUAAAAUUGGGAAAAGUUACCUCAAUAAAAUCAUUGGGAAACCCCUGGUUUUAGUUUGAUUCAAUUUCAGGUGUAUUCAGACAGCGCUCAGUCUUUUGGAUUAAAAAUUCAAAGGGUUCUCUUUAAAGCAAGAGUGAGAUAGCUUUCUGUUAUUUGCCUAUUAUUUCAACUCCACCUAACUUUUUAAAGGAGCCCUGUUUAUAUUACUGGUGGUGCAGUGGUUAAGAGCUCAGCUGCUAGCCAAAAGGUCUGCAGUUCAAAUCCACCAGCUGCUCCUUGGAAAGCCUAGGGGCCAGUUCUACUCUGUCCUAUAGGAUUGCUAUGAGUCGAAAUCGACUAGACAGCAGCAGGUUUUAACUUUUGAAAAAUUUUAUAUGUAAGGACUUGUGAUCUGACCUUUUUAUUUAAAAUAUCUGCCAAAAAAAAAUUGUGCUUCUAAAAGCAAUGUACAGAAUCUUUUAAAAACUUGCUUUCUUUUAUUUCUAAGGAUAUUUCAUAUUGAUGUUUUUAUCGACCUUAUAAUUCGUAAAUAUAAAAGGUAUUCCAUUUAGAGUUUAUAAUAAAGAAAAUAAACUUCCUAAUUAGGCUUACUAUUUAACGUAUCACAAGCAAGAAGAGAGGUUGGGGACAUAUUAUGACCAGACCAGAAUUAGAAUAUACAUUUCAUGUUUCUCUAACCCCAGGACAAGGACAAAGAUAUGAAAGUUGAAAAGCAAAUUGAGUGCCAUUAUCCUAGACAGAAGGCAUAGAGGAAAAUUGGGGACCUGCCCCCAAAAAAGUGGAUUUGAAAAAUUGGCCCCAAGUAUACUAUUAAAAAUUAACAGUACAUCUCCAGGGUAGGUGCAGUAGUUGCUACCUUUCCAUUUUUUUUCUCAGACUAAGGUGGCACAGUGGUUAAGAGCUAUGGUGACCAAUGACUGCUAACCAAAAGGUCACAGUUCGAAUCCACCAGCCUCUCCUUGGAAACCCUAUAGGGCAGUUCUACACCGUCCUAUAGGGUCACUGUGGGUCAGAAUCCACUCAACAUCAAUGGGUUUGGGUUUGAUAUGGGUAAACCAGGCUCUGCAUUGAAGCAUUACUUUCUAAAACCCAAUGGAGGUAAGAAAUGGGCAGUUUCUCAUUUUACACAAUGCUGUGAUGACGUGAUUUAUUGUGAUUUAACUCUUCACUGAACCUUGACUUGGACUGAUGUAUGGAGCUGCUGCCAACAGCACUGCUGCCCACAGCCAGACUCCAAGAGAGCAAGAGCGCUGGGGGCAGGGGCAGCCUCUUCUACCCUGAGUCUGCAUUCAGUUUGAGAGCUUUGAACACUUUGCCCUUUAAAAGGUGGUUAUCACUAAUACUAAAACAUAAAACUCUAGAGAAAAGCUAAGAACCCCAAAGUUUGUGUGAAGUGUUUUUUUGUUUUUUUGGCUCUUUUCCUAAAAACAGGUACCAUUUCUAGGGGCUUUAAGGGAAAAAGCUGUAUAUGCUAGCUUUUCAUAAUUAGAUUGGUAACCUAGUGGGGCAAGAACGAGCAUUUUCAGUGCUUGUCUUCCCAUGGAUUUGUUCCUGGCUGGAGAUUUGCCCUUUGUCCAGGUCAGACAAUCUGGAGCAGGGGACACUCAACAGUGGCAAGAAUUUGUCUCUGGUUGUUCAUAGCAAUUUGUAAUUAAGCUAUAAGUCAUUUUUUACCACAGUCAGUUUAAGUGUGUUAUCUCUUUAGUUCAGUCCAUGGUUGCCUCUAAAAUCUCAGUCAUUACCUCUCAGAGUCUUCUCCAAUCAACCCAUUCUUUUUUUUUUUACCAAUCCAUUCUUAAGCCUACCACAUUCCACAUUAAUCUUCCUAAAGGACAACUCUCAUGUUAUUCCUACUCAGGGCUUUCCUUUGAGUUCCCUUUGCCUGCUGAGUAACUCCCAUGAGCUUAAUCUGGCCCUCAAGAUCCUCUGUAGUCUAACCACAGACCCCAUUCCUGGUUACUUUCCCUGUAUUCCUCAACUGGGCCAAAUUAAAUAAUCCAUUGUUACCCAAAUACAUCAGGCACUUUUCCAACAUCCCAACUAUGUUUA